UUAAUUAUUCAUAUCGUAGUAUCGCUUUUGAUACAACCAGGGUUGUUUGCUACCCGCUAGGCAUGCUUUUUGAGAACUAGGGUUUUAGCCAUUGGAGCUUCUAGAUUGCACAUCCCUUCCGAGAAAUUAGGGUUUUACCUUCACGGAGCCAUUGUAGCUUCCAGAUUGCAGAUUACACCUCCCUUCUGCAUCCUUGCAUCCACCAUGAGCGUCAAUUUGUUCAAUGUUCACUUCUUAAGGAAAGCUUAUUCUCAUUCUUCUACCCGGUAUCUCCUAGCUCUACGUGAAACCAUACUCUGUCUCUCUUCUCCCUUUUCAACUUUCAAUCUUCUCACUCUUCAUGAGACCAAUGGCGAUGAAAAACCUGCAAUUCAGGAAGACCCAGUUGCAGAGAAGGCUUACCUGUUGCUCAGAGACCAUUACAGGAAAAACCCAUUUCCAGAGAACCACGAGCUCAAACCUUCGGCUCCCACUUUUGCCAUUCUCUCCCUAAACCAAGAGCUUUCCAAGUUUUUCUCUCUCAUCACCCCGUUCCAAGCUCAACGAGUUAUUGAAAAAUGUGGAAGCCUUCGACGUGGGAUACCAUGGAUCCAAGCUCUGGCUUUUUUCAACUGGGCUCUCUCUCAACCUGGAUUUGAACCACAAACUUCCGUUUUCAAUGAAAUGAUUGAUCUUUUUGGCAAAGUUCGUCGCUUUGAUUUGGCUUGGGAGUUGAUAAACUUCAUGAAAACCGAAAAACUGGAAAUUGGGGUCGAAACAUUUUCCAUGUUGAUCAGGCGAUAUGUUCGGGCUGGGCUUGCAGCUGAAGCUGUUCAUGCAUUCAAUCAAAUGGAAGAUUAUGGACCCAAACCUGAUUCAAUAGCUUUUACUAUAGUUCUAAGUGUUCUGUGUAAGAAGAGAAGAGCCCAAGAAGCUCAAUCAUUUUUCAGUAGCUUGAGAGAUAGGUUUCCUCCUGAUUUAGUAACAUACACCACCUUGAUGUAUGGUUGGUGCCGCGUAUAUAACAUAGAAGAGGCCGAGAGGGUCUUUAAAGAGAUGAAAGAGAAUGGUUUCCAACCCAAUGUGUACACUUACACUAUUGUAAUUGACGCUCUUUGUAGGGCUGGGCAGGUUAAUCGUGCUUAUGAUAUGUUUAGAGAAAUGGUUAAUGCUAAUUGUGCCCCUAAUGCAGCAACUUUCAAUGCUUUGAUGCGGAUUCAUGUGAAGGCGAAUGAGAUUGAGAAGGUCUCUCAGGUUUAUAACCAGAUGAAGAGAAUGGGGUGUGAUCCUGAUGUGAUAGCCUACAAUUUUUUGAUAGAAGCCCACUGUAGGGAUGAUAAUUUGGAUAAAGGGCUCAAGGUUUUGAACCAGAUGAUUAGCAAAGGGUGUAAUCCUAAUGCUUCUAGUUUCAAUCUCUUGUUUCAGUGUAUUUCCAAGUUGAAGGAUGUUAAUGGAGCACACCGUCUCUUCUCGAGAAUGAAGGAUUUGGGGUGUCAACCUAACACAAUAACAUAUAACAUUCUGAUGAGGAUGUUCUCAGAGAGUAAAUCGACUGAUAUGGUGAUUAAAUUGAAGAAGGAGAUGGAUAAGAAUGGUUGUGAACCAAACGUGAACACGUAUAGAGUCUUGAUUUCUACGUUUUGUGGGAUUGGGCAUUGGAACCAGGGCUAUAAAUUCUUCAAGGAGAUGAUGGAAGAGAAAUGCUUGAGACCUACUUUACCUGUGUACAAGAUGCUGCUAGAGCAGUUGAGAAAAGCUGGUGAGAUUAAGAAACAUGAAGAAUUGGUAGAGAUGAUGACAGAGAAAGGGUUUGUUGACCGUCCCAUAUAGUUUUCUUCUGACAGUAAAAAUUAAGAAUAUUUAAUCUGUCAAUUUUAGGUCUGCAUUCUAUGGCCUUUCUUGGAUUACCUUUGUAUCUGAAGCAUGAAGGGGACAUGGGGCAGAGAUUGGUAUGGAGCUGAAUGGCCAGGAUGAACUGGGGGUGCCCUAAAUGUGUUUUGGACGUGAAGCUUGGUGGGUUCCACAGAUUCUGGGACUAGGAACUAUUGAAGCCGCCAUUUCAUGUGGAGACUCGUGACUAUUUAAAGCCAAUUUCCAUUUUGUAUGUAAUUCAGCUGGUUUAAAAUCAGAAGACAGGGUAAUCAUCACAUGAACCGAUAGACAAUUUUGUAUUUCAUGUGCAGCAGAAUACCACAUUGAUUUUUCAUUUC